AUAUGUCUACGCUAUCUCGGUGAGAAUGGAUAUCAACAAGGUAUUGUUCAGGAACUUGGUGUUAGUUAAGCAACGGUAUCUCGGACUGUGGAUAGAAUUGUGCAUAGUUGCACAGUCGAACGAAUGGAUCAAGUUUCCAUCUAUCAAUCCUGAACUGAUGGAGGCCAAGCGGAUAUGGCAAAGCAUGUAUAAAUUUCCGACAGCGAUUGGUGUAAUCGAUUGUACACAUAUAGGAAUCCUGAAACCAAAUCGCCAUGGAGAUGAGUACAUCAACCGAAAAGGGAAACCUACUUUAAAUGUGCUUGUGAUGCCAGAGAGAUGUUCACAAGUGUUGAUGUCAGUUGGCCUGAAUCAGUGCAUGAUUCCAGAAUAUGGAGAAAUUCACAGACUACUCGUAUAUCACUAA